AGUGUAGGGACAGGGAAAGUGUAGCCUUGCCGUGUACAUAAAUAUUCCAGGAUCACCAGUUUAAUACUGAAAAACAACAACAAAUAGGUUAAAAAUGCCCGUUGGUGGAAAAUGCAAAAGUGUUUUAUUGACACCAGAUCCAUACCACACACCCGGGUAUGGUGGCUUCUGCCCGCAGUUCCAAUAUCAAAUAGGCGAGACGUUUGGUCGCACGACGUCACGGCUGCUGACUGACCACAACGUGGCAAGUUCUGGCCGUCGUGUACUGGCUGAUAUUAAGAUAGAUCCCAAACGGUGUGCGACGACCAUGGACGAGGGAACGCAAUCACAGCGCACGCGUCAACGCAGCCUGGGGGACCAGAAACUGAUGGACAACAUGAUUCCUGGUUAUUCCGGUUAUAUUCCUAAAAGUUUAAAUUAUUUUGGAACCAGGUUUACGGAAAUCUGCCGGGAAUCCGUGUCCGAGUUUGAAGACGCCUAUCAAAGCCAGGACGCCAAACUAGCAAAUCUACGAACCAGCGCCAAUCAGAUCGGCCUGACUCGUAUCAUCUCCAAAGACUGCCCGCCAGAUUCGAGCGUGUCAGUCAUUGAGCGCAGUGAGAGACCAGCACUUACCGUACUUGCCUGUCACGUUGCAAACAAUUUAAAACCAUUUAACCAAAACACAGACCCCAAUAAAAAAUUCAUGUCAGGCUACCAAGGUUUCGUCCCCAGAUCGCGCGGACUGAUGGGGUUAGGCUUUCCGAUCAUCACCAACAAGGCCCUCAUCACGUUUACGGAGGAAGUGUCCAAACACCGGCAACUGAAAAAUCAGCCGAUUCUCGUGAAACGCGAGCUGAAGUCAGCCCGUGACCCGAGUAAGAAACAGAUCUACACUGUGGGGGUCGGAAUGAUACCCGAUUAUACAGGACACAUCCCAGGUCAAAAGUUCCGUUAUGGACAAACGUUUGGCACCAGUACAGAAAAUGCAAAGUGCAGUCCACCCUGUGUAUAAGCCAGGUAACAGUCUUCCGGCGAUUCGCUUCCACUUUCCCAGAGUCCAGGGCAAGAAACACAAACUGAGGCAGGAGGACCAGAUGGGGGUGGGGUGAGCUUGUAUCCUAAACCUGUUAAGACAUUCUUGGGGGGGGGGGGGGGGGGGGCAGGAGUUAAGGAAAUGGAAAGAGGGUGUUUGGGUCAAGCUGGUAUACCAAUCAAGGCACCAGAUCUGGUUAUGUCCAUCCUUUUUUGAAAACGAUAGUGGUCUACUGUUUCCGAUUUCUUUCUUCGUCUUUUAUAUUGGUUCUUGUUUAAUGAGGUUGGUGGGGAUUUGGUGGGGUUUGGGUUUUUUUGUAACAAGUGAUAAAAAGCUACACAAGUUGGGAGAAUAAAAAAAUCUUUCAUUUCAGAUUUUUUUAUUUUAUAAUCUAAAUGUUAAAAUGGUUUUCCGUAAAAUGAUUUUGAACAUAGCCAAUUCUGACUGUCAGACCUAACGUUUUCAUGAAAUGAAUCCACAUAGUAAUUUAUUUUUGUACGCCUUUGUUUUGCUAUUGAAGAAAGGCACUUGUUACUGAAUAGUAAAAUGUACAAGUGGAGAAAAGACAUAAUCAUGUUACUUGUAGUUACAUUGUAAAUACUAUUUAAGAUAUUUAUUCUUAAUUUUAAAGUACAGUUUAGUUUAUUUGUUAUAAAGAAACAAUCAUGUGUAUAAUUUAUUUUCCCCAUUAUAUGGGUCAUUGCUUUUAAUAACUACAUUGUGGUCUUUGUAAAUAGCUAUAAAUGUAGAUUGAAUAUUAAGUUGUCUUUAUUUUAACAUGUACAUUAAUGCAAAUAAUUUGUAUUUACAUACAUAUUUAAUGAUAUACAUAUGGUAGAAUGAAUAGGCUAACACAAAAACUGCUAGAAAAAUAAAUACAAAAGCUCCCAAAGUAAGCAGUGUGUAACUGGAAGCCAGGUUAAGUAUUUGUUAACAACUGGUAGUAUAUUUUCUAUGUAUGGUUGGUUAAUUUUCGUAGAUAUCUCUGGAGGGUUUGUUUUCUAUUUACCUUACAUCUAUGCUGCUGAAUGUUUCCAAUAAAGAGUAAAAAGUAAAAGCCUUGUUAGCCCAAACACUUGCCAGUGGUACGACCAAUAUGUGCAAGUAAUUAUAGUUUUACAUUUAGUAAAUAAUCAUGAAUGUCAAGAUUUAACUAAUUGCGAAACAUACACCAAUCAUGUUUUGAUUAUGUUGGAAUAACAUGUUUCAUUUUGUAUAUUAUUAUUUCAUUUAGUUCUAUUCUUGUUUACAAAUGAAAUCAAACUGUAUUAUGAUGUUGCUUUAGAAAAAUAUGUACGAUACUUAUAAUUAUAAAAGUUAUGAGUAAAAUCUCUUACAAAAAAAAUUCAGUUAUCAAUAUCUUUUAGUGUAUGCAUCCAUCUAAAUGAGAAUUGAUUAAGUACUGAAUUUGAUUUGUUUUAAUUAGCAAGACAAAUAAAUAACAAUUUCCAAAGUUAAAACAAUCAUUCUCUGUCGCUAAGAAUUCUUGUAAAUAUAUUUUAAGUAAAAUACAUUUAUAAUUAUAAUAUAUUCCCAAUUAAUUUGAAGUACAUAUAUAAAUUACUACUAAUUAUUCCAGAAUGAUUUUGUCCCAUUUUUUUUAGUUUAAUUUUUGUAUAAUUUCAAUUAUGUAUUUUAUAAAUCGAAUCUGUAUUGCAAAUAAAUUUGUCAAAUUUGAUGUGUGUGAUUUGUUUGUCAAACACCGGCCUCAUUGGUAUGUGGUGGUUAAAUCAUUUCAUUAUCCAUGUGGUUCAAGAAGAAGAAGGAAAUGUUUUAUUUAACGACGCACUCAACACAUUUUAUUUACGGUUAU